UUUGUGCUGGUAUUGAUGGCUGUGCUGUGGGUCACUGAAGCCCUUCCUCUGGCCAUCACCGCCAUGUUACCUGCCAUCCUCUUCCCACUCUUCGGCAUCAUGAAGUCAACUCAGGUUGCCACAGUGUACUUUAAAGACUUCCACUUUCUGCUGAUCGGAGUCAUCUGUCUGGCCACCUCCAUUGAGAAGUGGGGCCUCCAUCGCAGGAUCGCUCUCCGUCUCGUCACUCUGGUGGGAGUCAACCCUGCCUGGCUGAUGUUGGGUUUCAUGACGGGCUGUGCCUUCCUCUCCAUGUGGGUCCAUAACACCUCAGCUGUCGCCAUGGUGAUGCCCAUCGUGGAGGCUGUGCUCCAGCAAAUCCUCAGGUCAUCUGCAGAGAAGGACUCAGGCGGAGAGGACAAUCCCACUUUUCAACUGGACGAACCUGACAGUGAUGUUCAUAUAAAAUAUGAAAUAAAAGAAACCAUAUGUGAAAAGCAGAAUAUUGAUGCAGAACAAGAAAAGCCCAAAGCAUGUCACAUUGACAUCUCCGAGGCUCCGUCUGAUCAGGUUACAACAGGUCAAAACACAGACCGUAUGUUGUGCAAAGCUAUAUGUCUGGGCAUCACCUACUCUUCCAACAUCGGGGGCAUCAGCACACUGCUAGGGACCUCACCUAACCUCAUCUUCUCCGAGUACCUUCACCAGAUGUACCCAGAAUGUAACUGUGUGAACUUCGGGAACUGGCUGCUGCUGUGUUUGCCCAUCAGUGUGAUCAUGCUGCUGCUGACCUGGGCCUGGCUCUACCUGCUCUUCAUUGGCUCAGAUUUUAGCUUCCUGUGGAAAUGUGGAGGUCAGCAGUCGGAGAAAGAGAAAGCAGCCAAGAAAGUGUUAGAAGAAGAAUACAAAGCACUAGGACCAAUGAGCCCACAGGAGAUCUUUACGUCAGUGGUCUUCAUAUUCAUGGUCCUGUUGUGGUUGACUCGAGCUCCUGGCUUUGUUCCAGGCUGGGCAUCCCUCUUCUCAGAAUAUUCGAGCUACAUGACUGACGCCACUGUGGCCCUUCUGCUGGGCAUGUUCUUCUUCAUUGCACCUGCUCAUGGACCCUCCAAGAAAUAUGAAACCAUGAUCUCAUGGGGGGAAUUUCAGGCCUCGAUGCCAUGGACAGUGGCACUGCUCGUCGGUGGAGGGUUUGCAUUGGCAGAGGGCACAAAGGAGUCGGGCCUGUCGACCUGGGUGGCAGAGCUGCUCACUCCUCUGGGGGACCUCCCAGUGUUGGCUACCAUCACAGUGGCCUGUCUCAUUGUCACCACUUUAACUGAAGUGGCCAGCAACGCAGCUACCAUCACCAUCUUCCUCCCUAUCCUCUCUCCUCUGGCUGAAGCGAUCCACGUGAACCCUCUGUACGUCAUGAUCCCUGCCACACUCUGCACAUCUUUCUCCUUCCUGCUCCCAGUGUCCAACCCUGCCAAUGCUGUGGUUUUUGCCUACGGGCACCUAAAUGUAAUGGACAUGGUGAAGGCGGGUCUUGGUGUGAAUGUGAUUGGCGUAUUGUGUGUGAUGUUGGCUAUUCCCACAUGGGGAGUCCCUCUCUUCUCCCUGAACACUUAUCCAGACUGGGCCCCGGUCCUGCCCGCAUUGAACAUCACAACACCAUAA